UUUUUUAAUUGUCUUCCCCUUUCUCCUGUGACGUGUCUCCUCGCACUGCUCAGCUCCAGGCAGCAGGAAAAAGACAGUCAUAAAUCCAGCACCGGCUCACCCAGCUCUGCUUCUCCUUCAGUUCUGAGAUGAUGUCCUGGAAGGAGAAGAGUAUGAAUCCACCCCCGUGUUUCAUCCAGCGCCUGGACCACCUUGUGUUGACUGUUAAGAGUAUUGAGGACACUGCUGCCUUUUAUUCCAAAGUCCUGGGCAUGGAGGUGGUGACUUUCAAGGGAAAUCGCAAAGCUUUACGUUUUGGAAACCAGAAGUUUAACCUGCAUGAAGUUGGGAAGGAGUUUGAACCCAAAGCUCGAUGCCCAGUCCCUGGCUCUGCAGAUAUCUGCCUUAUCACAGAGGCAUCCCUGGACAAUCUCCUGGGUCAUCUGAAGGCUUGUGGAGUGAUAAUUGAAGAAGGACCUGUGGCCAGGACUGGUGCUGUGGGUCCAAUAACAUCUGUAUACUUCCGAGACCCUGAUGAGAAUCUGAUUGAAGUUUCUAGGUACAUCACAGAUAAGAGUGAAGCCAGUGGAGGGGAGCCCUAACCACGACCCAUUCUCUGCCUGUGUUGCAGUAGGAAGUCUGAUGCAAAUGUCAGCAUUAACUUUGUAAACUGAGAACGAGGCUCAAAUCCCAGCUAGAGACAUAGAACUGCAUCAGAGCUUUCCCAAAGCAAGAUUAGCUCUGGCUUGACGAGAUCUUACCUCUGGAUAUGAAUCAUAGAAUCACAGAAUCAUAGAAUACUUGGAGUUGGAAGGGACCUCUGAAGGCCAUCUAGUCCAACUCCGCAGCAAUGAACAGGUACACCACAGCUAGAUUACAUUGCCCAGGGCCUUACCCAGCCUCACUCUGAAAGUUUCUAGGCAUGGGGCAUCAACUGUAUCACUAGGCAACCUGUUCUAAUGCCUCACCACCCUCACUGAAAAAUCUUUUUUUCUUAUAUUUAACCUAAAUAUACCCUCCUACUUUUAUAAAUCAACAUCGGUUGAGAUUUCACGUCUUUGUUAGAAGGUGUGUCCUGCUGAAACAUACUGCCUAUCUAGGAACUGGGGACUGGGCUCCAGUGUCUGACAUACAAAUUGUUCACAAGACUGAAGAUGUGUGUCAUACUCAACUCUGCAUUAAUACUUAAAAAGUGACAGAGUUUGUUAAUCUGGGAUGGGAGAAAUCAGCAGUGAGGUGGCUGCAUGGAGAGGAGGAUGUGUAACGCUAGAUAUCUCAUUGCUGACUUCUCCCAUCCCACAUGAACAGAAUCCUAUCACUUUUCAAGUGCCUGCAAAAAUCUAGCUGAGGGAGAAAGAGGGUGCUGAGGGGACAGUGGUAUCAGGCAAAGAAAUUCUAAAUUGGCUCCACUUUCAGCCUAGCCUGGUUGUCUAAGACCGUCACUAUGUAAGUUUCCUUCUUUCUUUAAUUCCUUCAAUUAUUGAAAAGCAUAAAAGAACAAAGAGGGGUUACUUGGGGUUUUUCAAGGAGAGCAGUUCCUCAGAUGGCCACACUGCGGUAGUAACGUUAUCUUCAAGGAAACAGUGCUGGAAGACAGAGUGAGCCUUUUCUGAUCUCUACAGGCAAAAUCACCUCUAAAAUAGAAAUAAUCCGCGAAUUGAGCUUUAAAAAGAAAAAACAAAAAACUUUCUGAUGGUAUAUCCUGUGAAGUCCAUGGUGGAAAAAAACCCAAAUCUUAAUAAAUGCAGUGCUUCCCAUUACCCAAAACUUGUGUCAGUGGCAGUGGCAGGAGAGAAGGCAGCCUGCAGUUCGGAUCAAACCACCUGUGGGAAUGAAUGAUAGGCUUUCCCAUGGGAUAUGGAAACUCACCCUUUGCUUUGCUCGUGGAGAGCAAAAGGGGACCCUGGGGAUGGGGACAGCUGGGAACCGGGCCCUCGGUCUGGGAGCCCCGGGGCCGCGGCCGCUCUCCAGGGUGCUGAUGACUGCCAGGAAGACUCACCAUAGUAUCUACAGACCAAUUCCUCUCAGAUGGAAGACUGAUGACAAUCAAUGAUCUCUGCUUCAACUUCAGCUCAUCCCCUCCUAGCCUCUGCUAGCCUCUGUUGCUUUCCCCUUUUAUUUGAAAGCCAUUCUAUUGUAUAUGUUUGAAUUAAAACUGAAAGACUACAUAAUGCGGCAUUAGAUUUUUGUGCAAUAAUAAUAAUAAAAAGAAUUCACUUCA